GCCGGCAGUGGGUCUCCUUCCCCAUCCUCCGAUGCCACGCAACGCCGUAUUCCUCAAGAGGUGAAGUUCCAGCAUCGGCGGACCGCCGGGGAGGUGCGGAGGUGCAAAAAGGGAAAACGCACCGACAUCAAGCCACACGAGUGGGACAAGUUCGGAUAUGCCUCGAAGGAAGAGGUCCUGCAGAGGGAGAUCGUCUACGAUGACCAGACGGUUCCUAUUCGGCGGGUGAAGUUCCGGGACAUAACGCCCGAGCGCUUCAUCGAGGAGUUCGGCUCGAAGUCUCAGCCCGUCAUCGUAGAGGACUGCUGCAGUCACUGGCCGGCCAUGGACAAGUGGUCCAUCGAUGCUCUAGACGAGCGAUUUCGCCAUGUCUCCUUCAAGGUUGCAAAGGAUGACAACGGUAAGAAGUUGCGAAUGAAGUUUAAGUAUUUCGCCGACUAUGUGAGACACCAGAAGGAUGACAAUCCUCUGUACCUCUUUGAGACGGACAUGGACGACAAUGGCUUCAUCAGGCCUCUCAUGGACGACUACGAGGUCCCAAGCCUCUUUCCGCAUGACUGGUUCUCCUUGGUCAACGCCGACUCGAGGCCUCCCUUUCGGUGGUUCUGCAUUGGCCCAAAGCGUUCCGGCACAACGGUCCACAUUGAUCCCCUUGGCACGGCGGCGUGGAAUGCUGUCACUCACGGGACCAAGCGAUGGGUGCUUUUCGAGCCCCACGAAACCAAGAAGAGGGUCAAAGGCAAAGAUCUGCUGAAGGAGGACGAAGACGAUGAGGCGAUCAUGUACUUCGACUACAUCCUUCCAAGGAUCAAGAAAGCCUACCCGGACCUGAAAGUCUAUGAGGGCCUGCAGAAGCCUGGUGAGGUGAUCUUCGUCCCUGGUGACUGGUGGCAUGGCGUCCUCAACUUGGAGGACACCGUCGCAGUGACUCAAAAUUAUUGCGGCCCGGACAACUUCGAGCUCGUCUGGUCCAGAACGCGGAAAGAACGCGAGAAGGUGGCGUGGCUGUGGUUGCGAAACAUGAGGAAGUAUGCUCCGGAUUUGUACCAAAAAGCCAUGAGCAUGAAUCGGCGUGAUCGCUUCAAGAUGAGGCACGAAAGGCCGGCUGGCGAGCGCCUAUCGGAUGCAAGCUCAUCGAGCUCGGAGUCUUCCAGCGACUCCUCCAGCGAUGAGGGCGUGGACUUGGAUCCGACUGGCUUGGAGGCUGCGGUUCCUGAUGCUUUUAAGAAGCUCGGUGCCGCAUGCUUUCAGAAGCAGGGCCGCUACGAUGUGGAUCGCAUGUCUACGACGGCACGCAAUUCCAUCGUCCCCGGUGAGAGAGGGGCAGGCAACCACGAGGCUGCAUUGAACAAGCGCCGACGGAUCCAGGCUCAGGAGACCGUGCUGCAGGGAUGA